GCUGAUUCCAUGUUUUUCCCAGUGCGGAAGCUGGCUCCCAACGAGUUUCCCCACAAGCUGUACGUUCAGAAUUACACGUCGGCGGUGCCGGGGACGUGUCUGACGCUGCGCAAGUGGCUCUUCACCCCCGCAGAGGAGGAGCUGCUCAACGACAACGACCUCGCCGUCGCCUACUUCUUCCACCAGGCUGUGGAUGAUGUCAAGAAAGGCUACAUCAAAGCAGAGGAGAAAUCCUACCAGCUGCAGAAGCUCUGUGAGCAGAGGAAGAUGGUCAUGGUGAGGGAUCCCACACAAAUCCAGGGAUCCAGCCUUGGGAUAAAUCCCGGGAUAAACCCUUGGGAAGGGCUGUCUCCCCAUGGCUCCCUCGUCUCCCUGUGA